UUUUUUUAUUAUAAUUUUACUACGCAUUAUUAUUCAACUUAAGUUUUUGUUUUUAUUAUUUACUUAACCGCGAGUCUGUCCCCUAAAAAUUGUUGAUUUCCGAUGAUUUACCAACCGGUAAAAGUUUGAAACUUUUGUAAUUAUGCCGAUGUUUAAAGUGAGUGUGAAAUGGGGCAAGGAGAAGUUCUCAGACAUCGAAUGCAACACAGAUGAGCCCCCUGAGGUGUUCAAGGCCCAGCUGUUUGCUCUGUCUGGUGUCCAGCCCGAUAGACAGAAGGUGAUGAUGAAGGGAGCCGUCCUCAAGGAUGAUGGCUGGGGUGGUAUGAAGCUGAAGGACGGGGCCAUGCUGCUCAUGAUGGGUACAGCUGAUGACCUGCCACAGGCGCCACCCAAGAAAACCCUCUUCAUGGAGGAUAUGUCUGAACAGCAGCUGGCAUCCGCACUGGAGGUGCCAGCUGGGCUCACCAAUCUGGGGAACACCUGCUACAUGAACGCCACCAUACAGUGUCUGCGAUCUGUGCCUGAACUCAAGGAGUCUCUGAAAAAGUACACAGGUAGCCUCACGGCUGGAGGGGCCAUAGUGCCGGCAGAUUCAAUCACAGCAGGUUUACGAGAUCUUGUCAUAGCGAUGGAGAAAUCAGGCCAAUCCAUUCCACCCAUAGUGUUCCUACAGGUUUUCCAUAUGGCGUAUCCGCAGUUUGCAGAGAAAUCAGAACACGGGGGAUACCAGCAACAGGAUGCCAAUGAAUGUUGGGUGGAAAUUGUGCGCUGUCUACAACAGAAACUGCCUGCACUAAAAGAGUCGCCAGAACAGUCUACUGCAGCCACUGCCUCCAGAGGUUUCAUGGACCAGUACUUCUCUGGGGAGUAUGAUGUCACCAUGAAGUGUGAGGAGACUGAAGAGGAACCAGUGACCAGGACCACAGAGAAGUUCCUGCAACUCAGCUGCUUCAUUGAGAAAGAUGUGAAAUACAUGCACACAGGCUUAAGAUCUCUAUUAGAAGAGCACAUCACUAAGAAUUCAGCUUCACUUGGUAGAGAUGCUGUGUAUAAAAAAUCUAACAAGAUCAAGCGCCUCCCUGCCUACCUUACCAUACAGUUUGUGAGAUUCUACUAUCGGAAGAGGGAAGAUAGGGAUUCAGUCAAUGCCAAAAUAUUGAAGGACGUGAAGUUUCCCCUGAGCCUGGACGUGUUUGACCUGUGUAGUGAGGAGCUACAACAGAGGCUGGUACCGGCGAGGGAUAAGUUCAAACAGCAGGAGGAUAGGGAGGCAGAGGAGGCUGGCAAGUUGAAGACAAGCACAGGGAAGGGUCCUAAGUCAUCACAGAAGGCUGAAGACGACUCGAAGAUGAUCAAACAUCCCUUCGCCUUCCCUGACGAUGUGGGAUCCAACAACAGUGGUUACUACGAGUUACAGGCAGUGCUCACCCACAAAGGCAGGUCCAGCUCCAGCGGCCAUUACGUGGCAUGGGUGAAACGGAAAGGAGAUGAGUGGCUGAUGUUUGAUGAUGACAAUGUGACUCCCAUCACCUCAGAGGAUGUACUGAAACUGUCAGGGGGAGGUGACUGGCACACGGCGUAUCUUCUACUCUAUGGACCCAGGGUCCUCCAGACACCAAUAGAAACCAUGGAGACAACGUAGUUACCAUGGAAACCUUAAAGUUACCUUUCUAAUAAUAUUUUAUACCAUGGAAAUAUAAAAUUAACAUUUCUCACAGUUUAUGACAUGAAAACGUCAUAAUUAAGUUUCAAAUAUCUUUUUUACAUAGGAACAUCAUACGGUAGUUACAAUUCACAUACUUUUGUGAAAUUUAAUGCUUACCAUUCAAAUAUUGUUAGUACAACUUUAAGAUGUCUUUGUUUCCAAGCAAAUACUGAAAAAUAUUUAUUAAGGACUAUUAUAAUUUAUUACUCAGAAUGCAAUGGUAUUUAAACAAACUUCUUUGUUAAAUACAUUUGUGUAUGUAAAUUAUGUGUACAUGGUUUAAACGGUGACUUGCACUGAGUGUGUUUUAAAUGUGCUAUACUUGUUUGAAGUUCAUAAUUUGCAAUGCUUAUCUGCAAUUUUCAUUUCAAUAAAUAUUUAUGAACAGUAA